GAAUUUGUUUGUUUACUUCUAGGCGGAAUUUUGGACUUUAUCCUUAUCUAUUCUACUAAAGAAUAUUAUUUAUUCCACAUUUUAGCUAUGUCUGCUGUAAUGCCUGGGUGUGAUAGUGAUGAAGAAGUGUUCUGGGGCCCAGUUACUGCUAGAGAACUCGAAAUUAUAUGGCGAAGUAGGAUGGCUAAUAAAAAAACAGGAGAAAGUGCCAAUCCUGUUGAAAAUUUUACAAAAAACCCAGAACUAAACAAAUCAUCUGGUAAAAAUAUCUGUAGUAUGAACAGCAGUAGCUCAGUCCAGGAAGUACCAUCUUUGCAAGACAUGAGGAAUUCUAGUGAUAAACAGAAGGCAUUGUUUGAAGAAAAUGGCAGUGAGCACAAUACAGAAGAUUCUGAACAUGAAUCUGUUGGAAACGAAUCUACUUUGCCGCUGCUUGAGGCCAGCAUGGUAAUUAAACAAGACCAUGAAGAAAUUGAAGACGUUAGCAAUUCAUCAGGUGGUCACUCCAAUAAUGAUGAUAUUUCUCAUCAGGGAAUACUUGAUAAAAAUGAAGGGCAGGAAGAAUGUGAACCCGAAUCUUCAGACCAAGUAGAUGAUUCAAAAGAGGAUCCUCAAUUAAUUAAAAAUGUUGACUUAGUUCAUGCUAAAGAUACUGAAGAAAAAAUUAAUUCUAUGGUUGAUGAUUUGAACAAAAUUCCUCAAGAAAUAACAGAAUUGCAUCAGACAGAUGAUAUUUGUAUCAGUAGGAUUAAUGCAUCCAAGGAAUAUUGUGAUCCCAGUGGUGAAACUUCUGAUCCUUCAUCAACCAAUUCUAAUGUAAGUAGUUCUGAUGACCAUUCUAAUAAUGAUCAUAAUAUCGAAGUAGUUUGCGAAAUAAAUCACAAUUCACCCGAGCCUGAACAGAUUGGCUCAGUUGAUGUUGACAGUAUGCAACGUAAAUCUACCAAGUUUGAAAAUAUCAAAUUAGUUAAUUCAACUAUUUCAGAAGAUCAGUCAGAACCGAGUGAUUCUAAGAUAAAGUCUACAUUAAACCAAUCAAAUAUCGAAAACAUCCCUCCUGAAGAAAUUGAUGAUGAUAGUGCAGGACAUAAAGAGGUGUCAGAUGAUUUAGGUGUCUCAAAAAAAAUUGGCUCUUUCAGAAAGACCAAUGUUAGCGAUCCUAGGCUAAAUGGUCAUAAUGUCCUUCAAGAAUUAAGUAUUGAAAAUCAGGAAGAUUCCAUCAACUCUUCUCAUGUUUUAAAAAUUGAUCUCAUUGAUAAAGUAGGUGACGGAGGUGCUAAUGGUGCUAGUGAAUCUUCUGAAGAAAAGUCUUUUGUUUCUUUCAAUAGUGAAGAGGAUAAUUGCAUUUCCUCUUCAAACAGUCAGCAUUCUUCGUUGAACCAGGAUUGUCCUGAAACCCUUAUUGUUAAAAACAAAGAAAAUGAAGAACCAUCAUCUAUACAGAGUAAUCAAGAUUGUGUAAAAAGUAAAAUUCCUGUAUCAAAUCAUAUUAAAUCUACUUUUAUAAAACCAGCAAAGUUGCAUCCUACUCCUGGUGCCAUCAAUGAAAAAUGGUUGAAUGAUCUAAAACGGAAGAAAAUCCCUAAACCAAAGAAACCUGAUUACAUGUUAAGUCCAGCCAAGCUAGAAAGCGUUCUAAAAAGUCGUAACCAGCCUAUGUCACCUAAUAAAUCUGAUGUGAAAAGGUCUGCACAACCCAUGUCACCCUACAAAUCUGAUGUGAAAAGGUUUGCACAACCUAAAUCUGCAAUUUCUGCUCCAAAGCCAACACCUGGAAGUUCAAGGACAUUGUUGACUCCUAGAAAAAAACAGUUUGAAUGUAUCAAAAGUCCAAUAUCUGAAUAUAUUAGGACGGGUAUAGGAAUACCAACUGCUAAAAGUCUUCCGGUCCUCCAGUCACCUAAUAGGAUCCCUGUACCAAUAACUGCUAAACAAACUCCUGUUCAGAAACUGCCUCCUAAAUUCUAUUCAAGUGCUGAAAAAUUAGUCGUAAAGCCUGGUUCUUCAUCAGUUCUUAAAAAAACAGAGAAUCGGCCUUUUUUGACCCCUAAAAUCUUCAAGCAUCAAGGUAGAGUUGCCGAUUUAAAGAAACCAGGAGAUAUCAAUGUUGUAACACCGAGAGCUGUUAGAAAAACAAGUUUAACAGAAACAUCAUUCGCUUGUCUUCCACAGUCGUCAAAAGAACUGGAAGUUUCAGUUUUAGAGGAACUCUAGUAAUGUUAUUUGUCGAUUUGAUGCUUUAUUUAAAAUUAAUUUUAUUAUCUGUGACAUAUAAUUGUAAAUAAUUGUUUAUUGUAUUUUUAAAAUAAAUUUUUUAAUGAUUGUUGAUGAAAGAAUAGUGAUUGUUGUAUAGUUUAAAAAUAUUGAAUAAACACUUAAUAACUAAUCCUGGUAGAAAAACACACUGUUAUUAUUUUAUAUAAUAUGCUUUUUUUUAAAUAUAAUUUUUAAUUUAUUAGAUAUUAAUAAGUAUAGGUUGUUAACUAAUUGAGGAUGUAUUAUAAAUAGUAUAUAGAAAAGGAUAAAUUAUCUUGCACCUUGUAUUAAGUAAAUAAAUAUUUGCCUGUUUUAAUAUUGACUAAUAAAUAUUUAAGUAGAUUUAAACCUCUUUGAAAGUGUGAAUGGUGACUACUGUCUGUAAUCCCAGUGAAUAAGUUCUUAAGUUGAAAAUUCUAACUACUUUUAACCUCUUUAAUUUAUUUUUCGGGCAAUUUAUAAUAAAUAC